AUGAAGUACCUAAAUUUAUGUAAAUGUGAUGUGUCUGCUUUUUUCUUGUGACCAAACCAUUAAGACAUAAAAAUCAUUUUCCUUCAUUUUCCAUGUAAACAUUUUCAGUUCUCUUCUCCGUCUUCAAACUAAUUAAUAAACCCAUGGCAGCAAAGCCAAUUAGUUCCCCACCAAAACUUCCUCUUUUUGCCAUGAAAUCACCUCAACAUUCAGGAAUACUAACACCACCACUUCACACUUUAGCUUCUGUUCCUUUUAAAUGGGAAGAAGAGCCAGGCAAACCUAAACCUUGCACUGACAUUAUAACUUUACCAAAUUCCAUUUUCAAUGAGCCCAAAUGCUUAGAACCUCCUCCUAGAUUUUACUUAGAAAAUACCAAAACACCCUCCCCUACUACUGUACUUGAAGGACCGUAUAAUAUACUAAAGCCCAAAGGCAGAGGGCAACUUGGUACUUUGGUUCUUUACAAGAAUAAUAAAGUGCGUAGAAGAAGAGGAAAUUGGUGGCAGCGGUAUUUAAAACGUAAGGAAACAAGUGUGGAUUCAACAGAUUGUGGGAGUGGCAGUGAUGAAGGUGGACAUAAUUCAAGUACUGUGAAAAUGGCUAGACUUAGAAGAAAUGGAAGCUUUUCUGGCCUCACUCAGUCCAGGCCUCACAUCUGGGCUUCCAUAUACGAGGGUUUCAAGCAGGUCAUACCGUGGAAGAACAAAAAAUCAAAGAAAGAAAUGCCAAUUGUAUAACAUGAGCUGCUCUAUUAAUCAAUUCAAGAGUGGCUGACUGCUUUAUCUAGUGGUAUUUUAAAAUUCCUCGUUAUAUAUAGUGUAUAAAAGUAAUGGAAUUACGUUUUCCCUCUGAGAUGUAAUAUACAAUCUUUAACUUUAAUUGCUACUUUAACCGGAGGCGGAUCCAGGAUUUGAAGGUCGCGGGUUCAUCUUUGGACUCAAUCAAAAUUUGUUUUGUAUCGCCUCUGCCUUUAACGUACUGUAAAUAUGGGGUGCGCCGUAUGACUUUCUACUCCA